ACACAGACACACACCCAGGAACCUCUCCUCACCUAGCAGAGCCCAACAUGACCUCCCACCCCACCCCACCCCUGGGAGGCCCUCUCCUUCCCUUCCUCCUCCUGCUGUCGGGGGUGUUUGCCACCACCCCCAGCGACCUCAGGUCCUUCUCCCCUCCAGAGGGGGGGCUCACACACCUGGUGGUCCACAACAAGACAGGUGAGGUGUAUCUGGGAGCGGUCAACUGGAUCUUCAAGCUGUCCAGCAACCUGACCAAGCUGCGCAGCCACGUGACAGGCCCUGUGGUGGACAAUGAGAAGUGUUACCCCCCUCCUGGGGUCCAGUCCUGCCCCCACGAGCUGACCCAGAUCAGCAACGUCAACAAGCUGCUGCUGCUGGACUACGGUCAGAACCGCCUGAUCGCCUGCGGCAGCACCUCCCAGGGGAUCUGCCAGUUCCUCAGGCUGGAUGAUCUGUUCAAGCUGGGCGAGCCCCACCACCGUAAGGAGCACUACCUGUCCAGCGUGGCCGAGGCUGGCACCAUGUCUGGGGUGGUCAUUGGUGGAGAUGCGGCCGGGAGCGGAGGAGAGGCCGGCAAGCUGUUUGUGGGCACGCCCAUUGACGGCAAGUCGGAGUACUUCCCCACGCUCUCCAGCCGCAAGCUGAUGGCCAACGAGGAGAACGCCGACAUGUUCAGCUUCGUCUACCAGGACGAGUUUGUCUCCUCGCAGCUCAAGAUCCCCUCGGACACGCUCUCCAAGUUCCCCGCCUUCGACAUCUACUACAUCUACGGCUUCAGCAGUGAGCAGUUUGUCUACUAUCUGACCCUGCAGCUGGAUACCCAGCUCACCUCGCCCGACGCCAGCGGGGAGCAGUUCUUCACCUCUAAGAUCGUCCGUCUCUGCGUGGACGACCCCAAGUUCUACUCCUACGUGGAGUUCCCCAUCGGCUGCACCAAGGACGGGGUGGAGUACCGUCUGGUGCAGGAUGCCUACCUCAGCCGACCCGGGACCAAGCUGGCGCGCUCGCUGGGCAUCUCAGAGCAGGAGGAGGUGCUGUUCACGGUGUUCGCCCAGGGCCAGAAGAACCGGGCCAAGCCCCCCAAGGAGUCAGCCCUAUGCCUGUUCACCCUGCGACGCAUCAAGGAGAAGAUCAAGGAACGCAUCCAGUCCUGCUACAGAGGAGAGGGGAAACUGUCACUUCCCUGGCUGCUCAACAAAGAACUAGCCUGCAUCAACUCACCACUCCAAAUAGACGAUAACUUCUGUGGGCAGGACUUCAACCAGCCCCUGGGGGGAACCAGCACCAUCGAGGGUCUGCCUCUGUUCGUGGACAAGGACGAUGGUAUGACGUCGGUGGCAGCCUAUGAAUACCGCGGCCACACUGUGGCCUUCGCCGGCACACGCAGCGGACGUAUUAAGAAGAUCCUGGUGAACUCUGUCAACCAACCUGCCAUGCUGUAUGAGAACGUGGCGGUGAACGAGGGGAGUCCCAUCCACAGAGACCUGCUCUUCAGCCCAGACCACCAGCACAUCUAUGCCCUCACAGACAAACAGGUGAGCCGUGUUCCAGUGGAGAGCUGUGAGCAGUACUCCUCCUGCAGCACCUGCCUGGGGUCAGGAGAUCCCCACUGUGGCUGGUGUGUCCUCCACAAUGUGUGUUCCAGGAAGGAUCGUUGUGAGAGGGCUGAUGAGCCUCAACGUUUUGCCUCCCGAGUGGAGCAGUGUGUCAAACUCAGUGUCCAGCCUGGAAACAUCUCUGUCACCAUGUCCGAAGUGCAGCUGGUGCUGCAGGCCCAGAAUGUGCCUAACCUUUCGGCAGGGGUCAACUGCUCCUUUGAGGACUACACUGAGACAGAGGGACGCAUCUUUGGGGGACGCAUUUACUGCCUGUCCCCUUCCACACGAGAGGUCGCCCCCAUCACACGCAACCAGGGGGACAAGCGCACUGUGAAGCUGUAUCUGAAGUCUAAGGAGACAGGAAAGAAGUUUGCCAGUGUGGACUUUGUCUUCUACAACUGCAGUGUGCACCAAUCGUGUCUGUCAUGUGUCAAUGGCUCGUUCCCCUGCCACUGGUGUAAAUACCGCCACAUGUGCACUCAGAACGCCAAGGACUGUUCCUUCCAGGAGGGCCGGGUCAACGUGUCAGAGGAGUGUCCCCAGAUCCUGCCAUCCACCCAGAUCUACAUCCCAGUGGGGGUGAUGAAGCCCAUCACCCUGCUGGCUAAGAACCUGCCUCAGCCCCAGUCUGGACAGAGGAACUACGAGUGUAUCUUCCACAUCCAGGGAGCCACCUACAGCGUCACCGCCCUGCGCUUCAACAGCACCAGCAUCCAGUGUCAGAGGACCUCGUACGACUAUGAGGGUAAUGACAUCAGUGACCUGCCUGUGGAUCUCUCUGUGGUGUGGAAUGGCAACCAAGUCAUCGACAACCCCUUCAACAUACAAGCCCACCUGUAUAAGUGUUAUGCGCUGCGGGACAGCUGUGGGAUGUGUCUGAAGGCUGACCCCAGGUUCGAGUGUGGCUGGUGUGUUCAGGAGAAGAAGUGUUCUCUGAGACAGGAGUGUGCGCCGCUGGAGAGUAGCUGGAUGCACGCCACCGCCGGCAACAGCCGCUGUACACACCCAAAGAUCACCAAGCUGUUUCCGGAGACAGGGCCGAGACAGGGGGGCACCAGACUGACCAUCACGGGGGAGAACCUGGGCCUACAGUUCAGGGACAUCCAGACAGGAGUGCGUCUGGGCAAGGUGCCCUGUAUCCCCAUCGAAGAGGACUACAUCAGCUCGGAGAGAAUUGUGUGUUUGCUAAAUGAUGCCACGGGCUACAGAGUGCAGGAGGCCAACGUGGAGGUGUGUGUGAGGGACUGCCUGGCAGACUACAGGGCCCUCUCACCCCGAGCAUUCACCUUCGUGACGCCCUUCUUCACGCGGGUGCUGCCUGCCCAGGGCCCUCUCUCAGGGGGCACCAGGAUCACCAUCGAGGGCAACCACCUCAAUGCCGGCAGCUCUGUAUCUGUCAACAUCGGACGCCACCUCUGCCACUUCAAAAAGAGGAAUUCCCGGGAGAUAGUGUGUAUGACCCCAGCAGGGUUGACCCCAGGCAGCACACCAGUCAUGGUGGACAUCGACUCUGCUGAGCUGAGGAACCCAGAGGUCAAAUACAACUACACUGACGACCCCACCAUCCUGAGGAUCGAACCCGACUGGAGUAUCGCUAGUGGUGGAACCCUGUUGACCAUCAGCGGUACUAACCUAGCCACCAUCAGAGAGCCCAAGAUCAGAGCUAAGUACGGCUCAGCCGAGUCUUUCCAUAACUGCACAGUGUUUAAUAACUCUGUGAUGGUGUGCCUGGCCCCGUCGGUUUCCGACUCCGAGAGGGGCUUCUCAGACACGGGCAGUGGGCCGGAUGAGAUCGGCUUCUACAUGGACAACGUCCACGCUCUGAUGGUGGUCAACGAGACGUUCAGCUACUACCCCGACCCCGUGUUCGAACUCCUCAGCCCCACCGGGGUCCUGGAGCUAAAACCCACCUCACCUCUAAUCCUCAAGGGUCGUAACCUUAUCCCUGCGGCCCCUGGUAACUCCAGGUUGAACUACACAGUGUUCAUCGGGGAGACCCCCUGUGUGCUAACCCUCUCUGAAACCCAGCUGCUGUGUGAAUGGCCCAACCUCACCGGACAGCACAAAGUCACGGUCCGGGUGGGUGGGUUCGAGUACUCCCCUGGUACUCUCCAGAUCUACUCAGAUAGCCUGCUGACGCUGCCCGCCAUCAUCGGCAUCGGGGGAGGUGGCGGUCUGUUGCUAUUGGUCAUCAUCGCUGUGCUCAUCGCCUACAAGAGGAAGUCCCGUGAUGCUGACCGCACCCUGAAACGUCUGCAGCUGCAGAUGGACAACCUGGAGUCCAGAGUGGCCCUGGAGUGUAAAGAAGCCUUUGCAGAGCUGCAGACAGACAUCCAUGAGUUGACCCAGGAGCUGGACGGAGCGGGCAUUCCCUUCCUGGAAUACAGGACCUACGCCAUGCGGGUACUGUUCCCUGGCAUUGAGGACCACCCCGUGCUCAAGGAGAUGGAGGUCCAGGCCAACCAGGAGAAGGCCCUGACUCUGUUUGGCCAGCUCCUCACCAAGAAGCACUUCCUGUUGACGUUCAUCCGCACCCUGGAGGCGCAGCGCUCCUUCUCCAUGCGUGACCGUGGCAAUGUGGCGUCGCUCAUCAUGACUGCGCUGCAGGGGGAGAUGGAGUACGCCACGGGGGUCCUUAAACAGCUGCUCUCUGACCUCAUCGACAAGAACCUGGAGAGCAAGAACCACCCCAAGCUGCUGCUGCGCCGAACGGAAUCUGUUGCUGAGAAGAUGUUGACCAACUGGUUCACAUUCCUCUUGUACAAGUUCCUAAAGGAGUGUGCGGGCGAGCCUCUGUUCAUGCUGUACUGUGCCAUGAAGCAGCAGAUGGAGAAGGGGCCUAUAGACUCCAUCACAGGAGAGGCGCGCUACUCCCUCAGUGAAGACAAGCUCAUCAGACAGCAGAUUGACUACAAGACCCUGACACUCCACUGUGUGAACCCGGAGAACGAGAACGCCCCGGAGGUGACGGUGAAGGGGCUGAACUGUGACACCAUCACCCAAGUGAAGGAGAAGCUGCUGGAUGCAGUGUACAAGGGCAGCCCCUACUCCCAGAGACCCAAGGCUGGGGACAUGGACCUGGAGUGGCGUCAGGGCAGGAUGGCCAGAAUCAUCCUUCAGGAUGAGGAUGUCACAACAAAGAUCGACAAUGACUGGAAACACCUCAACACACUGGCCCACUAUCAGGUGACGGACGGCUCAGUGAUCGCUCUGGUGCCAAAGCAGAACUCAGCCUACAACAUAUCCAACUCCUCUACCUUCACCAAGUCUCUCAGCAGAUAUGAGAGCAUGUUGCGGACAGCCAGCAGUCCAGACAGUCUGCGCUCCCGCACCCCCAUGAUCACCCCUGACCUGGAGAGUGGCACCAAGCUGUGGCACCUGGUCAAGAACCACGACCACUCUGACCAGCGCGAGGGAGACCGGGGCAGCAAGAUGGUCUCUGAGAUCUAUCUGACCCGUCUGCUCGCCACCAAGGGUACGUUACAGAAGUUUGUGGACGACCUGUUUGAGACCAUCUUCAGCACGGCCCACCGUGGCAGCGCCCUGCCUCUCGCCAUCAAGUACAUGUUUGACUUUCUGGACGAGCAGGCCGACAAACACUCCAUAUCAGACUCGGACGUACGGCACACCUGGAAGAGUAACUGUCUGCCGCUGCGGUUCUGGGUGAACGUGAUCAAGAACCCCCAGUUUGUGUUUGACAUCCAUAAGAACAGUAUCACAGAUGCUUGUCUGUCUGUGGUGGCCCAGACCUUCAUGGACUCUUGCUCCACAUCAGAACACAAGCUGGGCAAAGACUCGCCCUCUAACAAGCUGCUCUACGCAAAGGAUAUCCCUAACUACAAGAACUGGGUGGAGAGGUACUACUCCGACAUCUCUCGUAUGCCGGCCAUCAGCGACCAGGACAUGAGUGCCUACCUGGCUGAACAGUCCCGGCUGCACCUCAGCCAGUUCAACAGCAUGAGUGCCCUGCAUGAGAUCUACUCCUAUAUCAUCAAGUACAAAGAUGAGAUCCUGUCUUCGCUGCAGAAGGAUGAGCAGUCUCGCAGGCAGAGACUGCGCAGUAAGCUGGAGCAGGUCAUCGACACCAUGGCCCUGGCCAGCUGAGAAACGGCCCGCCACUGAGGGGCGGAGAGGGUAGCAGCCAGGCCUUCUCUCACUAACGCCAGCCCCUGACCCCCAACACAACGCAUUAGGACUGCAAGGACACAAGCAGUACACUGGAGACCCACCAGAGUUAGGCCUGGGCUCCGGCCCAUCCAAACAACCCUUCAUUUAUAAACACGUAACGUCUGUCACCCUGAGAAAGUGUCUUAUCAUAACGGUCUUCAUCACUGGUUUCAGUUUUUCUUUUCUUGAUCCAUCUACCCACAGCCGGGACUGUGAAGCAGCUGGCUAAAGAGGCCAGGAGAUAUAUAUAUAUAUAUAUAUAAAUAUCUAUCUAUUAGGGGGGCUAUG